UAUGGCUCUGGAUAUGGUUCUGGAUACGGGUCAAGCUAUGGCACAUCUGGUUAUGGGGGCUAUGGAGGAUACGGAGGAGGAAUGAACUCUUAUAAUCGGAUGGGUAGCUACGGCUCCCCUUAUGGACGUCCUGGAAUGAUGAAUGGCGGUGGACCUGAUGACAUGGGUCUCCAGCAGCGGAUGGAAAUCGGCACCCGACCUGCAUUCGAGGUAGUCGAGCGUAUUGUUGGUGCAUUUGGUGGGUUCGCACAAAUGCUGGACUCUACAUUUAUGGCAACCCAUUCGAGCUUUAUGGCCAUGAUUGGUGUAGCAGAACAGUUUGGACGGCUUAAAGGGUACCUUGGCCAGGUCUUUAGUAUCUUUGCGCUCUUCCGCCUUUUCAAACGGGUCAAGAACCGCGUGACUGGAAGUGGCUCAAGCGAGAUGAACCUGUCCGAGUUUGAACGUUUCCAAGACCCUACGGCCAAUGGAAAUGGGUUGCAACCAAAGAUGUCCAAGAAGCCGAUAAUGAUCUUUUUGUUUUUGGUUGUCGGACUGCCUUAUAUGAUGCACAAACUGAUUCAGUUGAUCAAUGUUAAGAAUCAGCAUGAGCUCCAAUUGCAACAGCAGCAACAAAUGAUUGAUCCUCUCAAACUUGAAUUUGCGCGUGCGAUGUAUGAUUUUACGGCCGAAUCGACCAUGGAGAUUAGUCUCAAGAAAGGAGACAUCAUUGCUGUCUUGUCCAAACAAGAUCCUACAACCCAAGCAGCAGUUGGAGCUUGGUGGAGAGGGCGCCUGAGAGAUGGUACAAUGGGACUCUUCCCAGCCAACUAUGUA